ACUGAAGCUGUGAAGCUCGACUUCCUUCAUUCCCCCGCACGUGUAAGUAGUGAAACAGACUCAGUUCUGGGAGUGAAAUGCAACAAAAGAACAGCUUUAGCUUUAAAAGUGUGCUGCUCAUAUUUGGGAUAUUUUGGAAACACUGUGCCUCACAGGUGAUAAAAGAAGCAGCCAACAAGCCUCCAGAUGGGCGCGGCGGGGACGGCAGUGCCUUCUUCGCCCUGCGGAGCUGCCACCAGCAGCUGCAUGACGACGGCUGGCGAGUUCUUCUCCCCGGACUACCUGUGCUCCAACCCGCCUCUGUGGUGCAACUGGACCAUCCAGGUGGAUCCUGCAAAGAGGAUCCACCUGCACCUGGAGGACCUGACCCCCGAUGACUCCUGCCACCUCAAAAACGACCAGAUCCACAUGGACGAGCCCGCCGGACAUUAUCAGGGUGACAAUGUCCUGCAGAAGUGCUGGCGUGAGGCCAAGUACACGUCCUCCUCCAACACGCUGUAUGUGGUGCUGCUGAUCGGCGGCUGGCCCAGCCCGCCCUACAGGGGCUUCUACGGCCGCUACCAGGCGUUUGGACCCCCGAGAGUUUACAACCCUCAGGAGGGAUCACCAGAGACAAACAGGAAGUCCCAGGCGUCUCCUGGACUCGUGGACUUCAUUGAGCUUGUUGAGGAGGCAGAACAUCCUUCAUAUGAUUAUUUAACUCAACCUUCAGCCGCUACGACUAAACCGCCCUGGAAGCCCGAGGAGGCCGCACGCACUGAGGUGGGUGAAAUCCACCAUCCGGCCUCGAGGAACUCCAGCCUGUCCACAGCCGUGCCCACAGCCCCCCCCACAGCCGUGCCCACAGCGGCAGCAUCCACUCAGGGCUCCUCUCGCCCGGGAAGAGGUGUCGCUCACACCCCUUCAGGCCCGUCUGUCUCGACCGUCCCUCCUGAAUCUCCGCAGCAGAGACACGACGGUCAGAACCAGGCGCUCAAACCCACCACGAGCAGCCCAACGACUAAUGUGCAGGAAGCGUCGACGCAUCGAGAGGAAGCUGCUGUUCCAGAGGAGGAGAAGUCUGCAGACGGGGAGAACAGGAUGGAGGUCGGCGAGGUCUCGGAUCAACUUCCUGCCACCUCUGAAGCACCAGAACCAGAGGAGCCUCAUCCUCAGCCCAACAUGGUGGAGCCGCUCUCAGACCACAGAGGGCAGCUCGACCUUAGAAAUGACUCUGAGGUUUCACAUCUUCCUGGAGAUCACCUGUUUGAAGUGGCUGUUGAAGUGAACUUCAGUCAGGAUGCGGAGGAGAGCUGGGACAACCUGGCCAUGUCCCUGCUGCUGUCAGUGGAGGCGUUGAUCAGCAAGCGGCUGGAGGCUCUGCCCACGCCGCUGUCCAUGUCUUCUGAGAGAAUCAAAAGGCUGAGUGCAGGAGUGCUGUACAUCCUCUGGCUGCAGAUCGGACAGGGGCCUGGAGGUCUGCAGGUCCACAGGACCGUCCACGCCGCCCUGCAGGGCCUCAUCGCCACGCGAAUCGGCGGCCGAGAAAACCGCAAGAAGGCCAUGAUCCUCUCCGUGUCGACUGCAGAUGUAAACGAGUGCGAGACCCAGCUGGUGAGGUGUCACGUUAACGCAGACUGCGUGAACCGCUUCGGAUCGUACUCGUGCCGCUGCAGGCCGGGCUUCCAGGACGAGUCCCCCCCGGGGUCAGGAGGCACCGUCUGCGCUGGUGCUGCGGCUGCAGGUUGCAGCUCAGGCCUCUCCGCUGAGACUAAAGGCGUCUACGUGCUUUUCUUCCUGCUCAGCUCCCUCAUCCUGAUGCUGCUGGGGGCGGCCUGCCUGCUGUACCACCGUCACCGCCGGGGGGGCUUCCUAGUCCGGUGCCACAGCAGCAUGCCUCCGCCUGACCCCAACAACAACCACCAUCAUCAUCAUGAUGACAGCUGCUCCAGACCCGUUGACCUGCCCCCCCCACCGCCCCCCUCCCGGGGCUCCAGGGAGGGCUGGCCCCAGGUGAAGGAGCGCUGCCCGGCCGUGGACCUGCCGCUGCUGCGCUUCAGCCCGCUGCUGCCGCCGGACAUGGAGCCGCAGGAGGGCAGGAAGAUGUGAAGAACCGCGUCUCCGUCUUUUCAUUCUGUUUUCUCAUUCUGUCCACGGUUUGAAUUAAACUCGCAACAAAACAG